AUGAGGCCGGCGCAGCGCUCCCGGGAGGAGACCCUGGCCCUGCGGCGGCAACUCAUCGGCUCUUCCUGCAAGCUGUUUUUUUCUCAUGAUCCGGUGAAGAUUGUAAAGGCAAAAGGCCAGUAUAUGUACGAUGAGAAUGGAAGACGGUACCUUGACUGCAUAAAUAAUGUUGCUCACGUCGGACAUUGUCACCCUGAUGUAGUAAAAGCAGCCCAUGAACAGAAUCAAUUGUUAAAUACAAAUUCCCGUUAUCUUCAUGACAACUUGGUUGAUUAUGCAGAGAGGCUUUCAAAAACGCUACCUGAGAAGUUAUGCAUCUUUUAUUUUUUGAAUUCAGGAUCUGAAGCUAACGAUCUUGCCCUAAGACUGGCACGACAGUAUACAAAACAUGAAGAUGUUAUAGUUUUAGACCAUGCUUACCAUGGACAUCUGACAUCCUUGAUUGACAUAAGCCCAUAUAAAUUCAGAAAUCUAGAAGGCCAAAAGGAAUGGGUCCACGUGGCUCCUGUUCCAGACACAUACAGAGGACUUUAUAGAGAAGACCAUGAAGAUUCAGUAACAGCCUAUGCUAAUGAAGUGAAAAACAUUAUUGAGCAAGCACAUAAGAGAGGCAGAAAGAUUGCUGCAUUUUUUGUUGAAUCCCUGCCAAGCGUGGGUGGUCAAAUCAUUCCACCAGCAGGCUAUUUUCAGAAGGUUGCAGAGCAUGUGCGCAAGGCAGGAGGUAUAUUUAUUGCUGAUGAAAUUCAAGUUGGCUUUGGCAGGGUUGGCAAGCACUUUUGGGCAUUCCAGCUUCAAGGAGAAGAUUUUAUACCCGAUAUUGUCACUAUGGGGAAACCCAUAGGGAAUGGGCACCCUAUUGCCUGUGUAGCAACCACAAAAGAAAUUGCAGAAGCAUUCGCAGCCACAGGAGUAGAGUAUUUUAAUACGUUUGGAGGAAACCCUGUUUCAUGUGCAAUUGGAUUAGCUGUGUUAGAUGUGAUUGAGAAGGAACACCUUCAGGCUCAUGCCACAGAAGUGGGAAACUUCUUGAUUAAGCUACUCAAGGAGCAGAAAAUCAAGCAUCCCAUCAUUGGUGAUGUCAGGGGUUCUGGCUUAUUCAUUGGAGUGGACUUAAUCAAGGAUCAAGCAGAAAGGACCCCAGCCACAGCAGAAGCAGAAUAUCUCGUAACAAGACUUAAGGAAGAAUAUAUUCUACUGAGUACAGAUGGGCCAGGAAGAAACGUGCUUAAAUUCAAGCCCCCAAUGUGCUUCAACAUGGAGGAUGCAAAGUUUGUUGUGGACACAAUUGACAAACUACUAACAGAUAUGGAAAAAGAAUGUCUAAACCAAUAG